AUGCCUAGUUCUGUGACCAAUGGCCGUGCGGGCGCAGUCCGGUAUGUCGAGGCCCAGUCUAAGCGUGACUCAAGAGCCGGACUAAUCUCUAUGCGAACUUCACGUUUCCGCCGUCCUUGCUGGGGGUGGCUCUUGUUCCGUGCCCAGUCGCCGAAUUCCAAGGAUGUCCUGACCUCGGACAGAGAACAGAAGAUGAUGAAUGGGGUCAAUGCCGAGGGAGGGCUUCAGACAGGACGAGCGCCAAUUGUGACUAAGAGCGAUAACCAGUCUUGA